AAGAACAAACAAUAUUUUCUAUCUUAAAUACUAAAAAAAAUAAACAACUGAAAAUAAUGUGGUAUUGCUAGUUUACUUUCAAACAAGAGUGAGAAUUGUAUUGUUUUUAAUAAACUAAUAUAUUUAAAAAAUGAAGCGAGCACGUAUAAAGGCUAUGGUAACAGUUCCAACCCGAAGAAAAGCAAUACAAGAUGUAUCUGUUACUGAAAUUACUAACUCAACUGAAUUUAGUGAGAAAAAUAAAAAUAUCUCUAAUGAUAUUAAUAUAACAUCACAACAAAUUUCAAAAGAUAUUUCUCAAGAAAAACACAUAGAAGAAAAUGUAGACAAUACAAAAGAAUUAAAACAAAUACAAGAGGUAGAAGAAGAAAUGCAAAAUGAACAAUUACACAUUGAUAACCAAUGUAAUGAGUAUAAAGAUGAUUUUGCACAAAAUUCUGAGAAAUUUAAGAAAGAGAUUAUACAAUCACCAGAAAUUUCAAAUACAACACAGAUUACAUCUUCUUCAAAAUUAACACAAAAUCGAUGUGGUUUUACGAAACCAACACCAAAAUUUGAUAACAGUAAUAGAGCAAGAAGAAACAGUAUUCAAGGAAGUGGAGCAAGUACAAGUGAAUCUGAAGAUGAUAGUAGAAGAUUAUCUUUCACUAAUACCAACCAUACAAGAAAUGAAUUGGUGCAAUUAACACCUAAUGCAAAGGAUACUAUUACUAAUAAUACUAAAAAUAAUUUAAUAACAUCUAAAGUAGGACAGAAAAGACGUAUUCUAGUUUCGGAAUCUGCAAGAAAGCUAGCGGAGGCUAGAAGAGAAUUCCAUUUAAAACAUGAAAAUAAAACUCCAGAUAGAAGCAAACUUACAAUGUAUGACUUAAUAUAUUAUAAUCCAGUUACUAAUCCUAUGAAGAAACCUGCAGGAUCUGCCAUAACAAGAAAAAUAUUAGAAUGUCAACCUGAAGAAAUUGAGGAAGAAGAAAAUGAAGAUGAUCCAUCAUCUGCAAUGCCAGUUCCGCAAGUAAAAGUUGGACCAAAUGGUCAAUUAAUAAUAGAUGAACAAAGUCUUGUUAUAGAACAAACUAAUGCAAAGAGGAGUAGAAAAGUAUUAGCAAAAGAAGCUAUUAUCGAUGAUGAUAAUAGCGGAAGUGGAUUUUAUAAGAAGCGUCAGAAAAGUAAAGAAUGGUCCCAACAGGAAACUUUAAACUUCUAUAAAGCGUUAAAUACAAUUGGUACAGACUUUUUGUUGAUGCAAAGUCUUUUUCCCAAUAGAACAAGACAAGAAAUGAAAUUAAAAUUUAAAAAAGAAGAGAAAAUAAAUAGAUCUUUAGUUGAAAAAGCUCUUGAAUAUCAUCAAGAAUUCGAUACUGAAAUACUAGAAAAAUCAUUAGCUUCAUUUGAUAAUUCAGACAAAGAAUAUUUUGACAUGCAAGGAAAACAAAAGCAACGAAGAAUAAAGGAUAGGAAGAAUACAAAAGCAAAAAAGCGACGGAAAUCUCAUAGACUUGUAGCAACCAGUAUUGCAGAAAUGGGUACAUCUGAUAAUGAAGAAGAUGCUUUAGAUUCAAUCGAAUAUGAAGAAAAUACAGACAUAAAUGAUAAAUAUGAAGAAACAUUAAAUAAAACAAAUAAAAAGAUAUGUAAGAAAGCCACAGAGGAAAAAAUGCCUGAAAGAUAUGAUAUAGAAUCAUUAAGUUCAUGCAAUGAUAUUGAUAGUGAUACAGAAGUUUAUCGUGUAAGACCAACAAGAUCUGGGAGAUUACCAAAAGUAAAAAAAUUACAGGGUCCUGAUAUAAAUACACUUGAUAAUGAAAGGUUAAAUUAUUCCUCUAAUGAUCAGGAUAUUACAAUUUCAUCAGAAGAUAAUGUAAAAGAUGCAGAGAAUAUAAUUUUUGACAGCAUCAAUCUUAACUCAGAUGUUCAUCAUAUAGAUCCUCUUAAAACGGUUUUACCAAAUAUUGGUAAUGUAGAACCAGGAUCUUUAGUUAUUUUAUCAAAAGAAUCUCUGGAAGAACCGGGUAAAAGUGUUUUACAAGUUUAUAUGGUUAGUCCAGACGUUAACUCUUAA